AGAAGGAGGAGGAGGAGGAGGAAGAAUGAGGGAUACGACAAAAAUGAAAACUUUUAGAUCUGCGUUAGUAGUAAUUGGUGCGGUAGCAUUUGGGUAUCUGAAUUUGCAGAUCAUGUUCAAGCCCUUUCUUGAGAAAACACAAGCACAUCAAGCUCUUCUACAAUCUCAAUCAUCCCAACAACAACAGCACUCUGAUUUUCAUCAAUCUGAGUACAUAGAACUUACUAUCAGAGAAUUUUGCUGUCCAAACUAUCUUCCUGGCUCAACUUUUGCACUAGAUACACCUGUGCUCGAGUCAGCAACAAAACCAGAAAAAGAUCGAGUUUCCGGCUUCCUCUGAUCUAAAGGAUUACAGGAAAAAGAUGAU